AUGGAUUUGGCGGACUUUGAAUUGUCGCAAGAAGAUUUGCAAGAGAUUGAGACUUUGGAGUUCAACGCACUUCAGACAUCGUUCAGGGACAUCAGUAGCGACGAUGAGUCUGAAAAUUUACAUGUUCCGAAGAAAAGAAGACGUAUGGUUAUCAAUUCGGACAGUGAAAGCGAUUCAGUAUACAGUGGAAAAAAUAUUGAUAUUGAGAAUAAUACCCCUACAAAAAUAGUAUUAUCCCUGUGCGAUGAACUCUUGAAUAAAGGCCACACCAUUGCCACUGAUAACUGGUACACCAGCUUGGAACUGGCGUACGAAUUACUAAAAAACGAUACACAUUUCCUGGGGACAGUGAGAAAGAACAGAAAGUACUUGCCUAGGAAAGUAGUAGAAACUAAUUUAAAACGAGGUGAAUUCGUAGCACAAGAAAACGAUUGUGGCAUCACAGUAUUAAAAUGGAAAGAUAAAAGAGAUGUUUUAAUGCUGUCUACAAAGCACACGGACAAAUUUACUCGAUUAAAUGUCAGAGGCAAGGCGGUGCAAAAACCAGCAAUGGUUAUUGAUUAUAACAAAUGUAAAGCUUCAGUCGACAUGAGUGAUCAGAUGACAGCUUAUUCAACUCCACUGAGAAAAACUGUCAAAUGGUAUAGAAAAUUGGCCAUAGAAUUGCUCUUGAAUACAGCUGUGGUAAAUGCGUUGAUAAUGUAUAAGGAAACCACUAAGAAAAAUAUUUCAGUAGUAUAUUAUAGAAAAAAUCUCGUUCAAUAUCUCACUAAAUCAGGACGUCCAGAAACAGGUAACUUGGCACUUGAAUUACGUCCAAAACGACGAAAACAUGAACUUGUCAAAAAAGAGGGACCUGUACGCAAAAUGAGACGAUUUUGUGUCGGCUGUUACAAGAACAAUGUAGAAAAGAUGUCGAGAAAAAGACGCAAAAAAUAA